AUGGUAGCCACUGCUGCAACUUCUGCCUUUCUCCCAAUAGCUUCUUCAGCUUCAGAUUCCUCGGCAAAUACUUCUGGGGCACUCGGAGGAAGCAUCCCAACAAGAAUCGAUGCCUGUGGAACUGGUUUUAAACCAAAGUCCACAGCUUCCCGAAAUAUACAGGUUAAGGCCAAUGCACAUGCUCCUCACAAGGUCAAUGGGACCAAGGUUGGAGUUAUGGAUGGCCUUAAGAUUGAGGAUGAGGUGAUGUCAUCACCUCCCCCGAGGACAUUCAUCAACCAAUUGCCUGACUGGAGCAUGCUCCUUGCUGCCAUCACGACAAUAUUCCUGGCAGCUGAGAAGCAAUGGAUGAUGCUUGAUUGGAAACCAAGGCGGCCAGACAUGCUUACUGACCCCUUUGGUUUAGGAAGGAUUGUGCAAGAUGGUUUGAUUUUUCGUCAAAACUUCAGCAUCAGGUCUUAUGAAAUAGGAGCUGAUCGUACUGCGUCCGUAGAAACUUUGAUGAACCAUUUGCAGGAAACAGCUCUUAACCAUGUAAAGACUGCAGGGCUGUUGGGCGAUGGCUUUGGUUCAACUCCGGAGAUGUGCAAAAGAAAUUUAAUUUGGGUAGUUACCAAAAUGCAGGUUAUUGUAGAUCGUUAUCCUACUUGGGGUGAUGUAGUUCAGGUUGAUACUUGGGUAGCUGCAUCUGGGAAGAAUGGAAUGCGCCGAGACUGGCUUAUACGUGAUAGCAAUACUGGUGACAUAUUAACUAGAGCUUCGAGUCUAUGGGUGAUGAUGAACAAAGAGACGAGGAGGUUGGCCAAAAUUCCAGAUGAGGUUCGAGAAGAAAUUGGAGGCUAUUUUGUGGAUUCGCUACCUGUUGUGGAUGAGGACGGCAGAAAGCUACCAAAACUGAAUGAUGACAAUGCAGAUUACAUCCACAAUGGUUUAACUCCAAGAUGGAGUGAUUUGGAUGUAAACCAGCACGUAAAUAAUGUGAAAUAUGUGGGAUGGAUUCUUGAGAGUGUUCCAUUACCUAUCUUGGAGACUUAUGAACUUGCUGGCAUGACUCUUGAGUAUAGGAGGGAAUGUAGGAGGGACAGUUUGCUGCAAUCCCUCACUUCUGUGGUGAGCAAUAGUGUUGGGGACUUGGCAAAUUCUGGUUAUGUUGAGUGCCAGCAUUUGCUUCGACUGGAGGGUGGUGCUGAAAUUGUCAAGGGGAGGACUGAGUGGAGACCCAAAUAUGGUAAUAGGUUGGAGAGCUGGGGUGAGCUCCACGCUGGAAGUGCUUAA